AUGAGCAACCCACUCGAUCUAUCCACAAGAUGGAGCACGUCAGACACAAUUCGUAUCCGGUGGAUCCGGCACUCACAACCGGUUCCGCGCCAGUUCCGCCAAACGGACCCAAUCCUCCACAUCGGAGCCCUCUCCGGCGGCGGCCACUCGCCUGCGUCCGCUGCCGACGCCGCAAGGUCCGCUGCGAUGGCGCUCUACCGGCCUGUUCCAAUUGUGCCAAAGCCGGUGUCGAGUGCUUCGAGGGACGAGCGUUGGGAUCAGUGUCGCGAAGUACACACCAAUAGUCGACUGCAUUAUUUGGAACAGCGGGUGCGUGAACUCGAGGCAAUCGGAGGCCAGACGCCGCAGUCGGACAGUUCCGAGAACAGCCAAAGCCCGUUCGCUCCUGCCCAGUUGGAGAUUGGGCCCAUCAUUCCCCCACAUCCACCUACACCGAGCAAUCUACGCCCAAAUCAAGAACAGGGCAAUCCUGUAUCUGCAGCCGAGUCUCCAGCCGUCUCCGUAUCCAGCCGCAUCACUCGCGAUCAACCGCUGGCUCAUGAAGUCGGCCUCCUCUCUCUCUCCAACACGACAGAUCCCAAGUACCUAGGGCCCUCAUCAGGAGUUUCUUUUGCACGGCUAAUCUACGAGAGUGUACCGCAGUCGCAAGGCUUGCCACUGUCGUUUCUCCAUGAGGAACAGCAUGGCCCUCGUCCGACUACUGACGGUGGAAGGCAGGGGAUUGUUCUCGAUAACAUUCCUCCUAUCAAUCUACCCUCGCUUGGGGACUGUCAGCAGUUCGUAGAGGCAUACUUUGAUGGCACUCCCUUCUUUCCGCUGAUUUCCCAGGAUGCUGUCUAUUCGCUGCUUGGCGAGGUCCAGCGUUUCAAUGAAACUUCAACCUGGUGUAGUCGGCUUCCGAUCAGACUGGCCUCGGCACAGCUUCUGCUUGUCCUUUCUCUCGGGGCACGGUUUUUAGAGGCCAGACUUGGGGCUGAUUAUUCCUCACGCGAUCUGUUCCUAGCCGGCAUGGCAAAUUGCUCUCACGUCAACCUUCAUGAUACUGUCGAAGGCGUACAGGUGCUUCUCUUGAUGGUGCUUCACAGCUUCUAUAACCCAGAGUCGCUCAACGCUUGGUACCUCAUACACACCAUCAUUGCGAGCUGCCUGGAUCUGGGAUUGCAACGGCGCGAUAGCUAUGCCCGAAGUACAGAGUCACAAAGCCAGAGAACCGAGGUGUUCUGGUGCGCUUACUCAAUGGAUCGUACUCUCACAACCAUUCUCGGUCGCCCCCUGACAUUGCGCGAUGAAGCGAUUGACCAGCCCUUCCCCGGGCUCGAUAGCAACGAGGUGGAAGAAGCAGCUACUCGAUGGCAUCGCUCGUCCGGCCGGGCGUCGGAUGGAAACAACACAAACCCAGUUACCUCAGCAUAUAUGCCUUACAUAUACUCACUCCGCUUUGACCGAAUAGUAGCAGAGAUCAAAUUGAUGAUAUACCGCGUCUCACGCUCCCCGAGCCGCUUCCCCUGGCCAGACGGAGAUAACCUCGCUACGUGGCAGGCAGAGGCCGAGCACGCAUGCACAACACUCAUAGCGGUGGUGCAAGCCAGACAGCAGGGGCGCCCAUCGUGUGGACCCAACCCACUCUCCGGAACAGCAGUGAGACGCCUCGAGAUCAAAUAUCACCAGUGCAUCAUGCUCCUGUACAGACCGAGUCCGCAGAUCCCACAUCCGAGCUUGCCCGCCAUCCAAGCGUGCUUCAACAGUGCCAUGCAGAUCAUCAAAAUAUGUGCAGAGCUGCACCGUUUCUCGAACCUGGAAUGCUCAUGGCUUACUGCACACUCGAUCUUUGUCGCCGCUAUCACCGUGCUGUAUUGUCUCUGGACGUACCCGGCUGUCUGUGGCCUGAGACCAAUGACAGAAUGCCUCGCGCGAACCGAGACAGCGCUUCGGAUUCUCUCUUUUCUCGGCCAGUGGUGGUCCGUGGCGCAGGAGCCCUGCCAGAAGCUCUCACGGCUUAUCGCGUUGACGAGAGAGGGGCCGCAUUCCCUGAUGGAGAGGGCAGAUCCGAUGGGAAACCCCUCCCAAGGUGCGGCUGCCGAGGUUCAAGGCGUAGAUGGCGAAGGCAGGUCGCUGCUCAUAGAUGAACUUGGGGUCUUGCGGGAUCUGUUCGAUCUCGGGUGGCUGAAUGACUUUGGGCUGGAUACCGCGCAGCCUGCAAGUUGGGACUCGAAUCUUAUGGAUGGCUUCGAGACGAGUGGACAUGAUGCUGGGUUGAACGGGUAG